AUGUCUAUCCCAGCUAACUCCAACGUCACCAUCUUGAACAAGAACGAAAAGAAGGCCAGAGAAUUAAUCGGUAAAUUGGGUUUAAGAUUAGUCCCAGGUAUCAUCAGAGUUGCCUUCAGAAAGAAGAACAACGAAAUUGUCGCCAUUGAAAAACCAGAAGUUUACAGAUCUGUCGGUGGUAACUACGUUGUCUUUGGUGAAGCUAAAGUAGACGAUUUCACUCAAAAAUUAGCUGCUGCUCAACAACAAGCUGCCUCUUCAGGGAUCUUACCAAGUAACGAAGAUAUCGCUACCAAGUCUCCUCAAGAUAUUCAAGCUGAUAUGGAAGCUGCCGCUACUGGUGCCCUUGAUGAAGCUAUCGCUGCUGUCGAAGAAGAUGACGCAGAAGUUGACGCAGGGGAUUUAUCUAAGGAAGAUAUCGAUUUGGUCAUUCAACAAACCAAUGUCACUAAGAACAAAGCUAUUAAGGCUUUGAAAGAACAUAACGGUGAUAUCGUUAACGCUAUCAUGUCUUUAUCCAAGUAA